AUGAGUGGCGUGACUCUACGGGCCUCGCAUUGUCGCUAACGCACUUUUUAGCUUGUCAUCUCACAGCUAACAUUCUAUUCAGCUUUUUCGUAAUAAAGCAGUAUGGGUGAUGAUGAAGAAAAGUAUGACGGCAUGUUGCUUGUUAUGGCGCAACAACACGAAGGUGGGGUACAAGAGUUGGUAAACACAUUUUUCAGUUUCCUGCGCCGCAAAACUGAUUUCUUCACUGGUGGUGACUCAGGGGCCCCGGAGAAGCUUGUCAAAGAUGCUUUUGCCCACCACAGCCAGCUCGCGCUGAAGGCCCACAAAGACAAGCUGAUGAAACAGGAGAAGGAAAAGAAAGAGAAAGCUGAAAGAGCGGCCAAGCUAGCAGAGGAAGAGAGGAAAAAGAAAAAUGAAGACGGUCCCAGAAUUCAGGAACUGACCGAUGAAGAAGCAGAGAAACUUCAGUCUGAACUUGACAAGAAAAAAAAUGAAGAGGAGGAAAAGAUGAAUGCAACAACAAAUUCAGAACAGUCAUCUGACAAAGCAGAAAAGGAGAAGGGGUCUGACUCAGAAGGGGAGGAGGAUGAGAAGGACAAGGAUAAACUGAAGCCUAAUUCAGAAAACGGAGCUGACCUGCCAAACUACAGGUGGACACAGACCCUGUCUGAAGUUGAUCUGUCAGUGCCUUUUGAUGUCCAGUUCCGCAUUAAGGGGAGAGAUGUAGUGGUGGACAUCCAGCGACGCUCCAUCAAAGUCGGCCUGAAGGGACACCCUCCUGUUAUUGAGGGGCAGCUUUACAACGAGGUGAAGGUAGAGGAAAGCUCCUGGCUCAUCGACGAUGGCAAGGUGGUUACAGUCCACUUAGAAAAGAUUAAUAAAAUGGAGUGGUGGAGCAAGAUUGUUACCACAGAUCCAGAAAUUAACACCAAGAAAGUCUGUCCAGAGAACUCAAAGCUGUCAGACCUGGACGGAGAGACGCGUGGCAUGGUGGAGAAGAUGAUGUAUGACCAAAGGCAGAAGUCAAUGGGCCUGCCUACAUCUGAAGAGCAGAAGAAACAAGAAAUUCUUAAAAAGUUCAUGGCUCAGCACCCAGAGAUGGAUUUCUCUAAAGCCAAAUUCAGCUGAGACUCAGCUUCACCUGUAGAAUCCAUGUUAGGAUUCAUGUCCAUCAUAUCAGAGCCAGCAUCAGACCCCCCCUUCUUCUGUUCUCUCCAUACUGGACAUGGGUUUUGUUGACUAAUGUGUCUUAAAUACAUGAGUUCAUGCUUUGCUUUUUUUUGUCAUGAUAGCAAGAUUGAUGACUGUAAUGCUCACAUUCUCCCACUGCAUGUGGUCUCAAUAUUUAAAGAUGUGUCUGGAUUUUUUUUAAAUAAAUGAAUUUAAA